GGCUUUCUUUUUCGGUCCGAAGUAAGAGAAAAAUACCAAAGUAGGUGCUUUCUGUCUGGUGAAUUUGCCUCGACCCUGAAAAUAACCCCAACCAACAGACUCUAAAGCCCUCCUCCCUCCUCCUCUCGCUCAAUACUCUAAACCCUAAACCCACCAUCAAUGGCCGACCCAAGCUCCGCCGCUGGCGACGGCGAUUCCAAAGACAAUUCCGUCGCCAAGACUGCCGGGUUGGUGGUCUUCUCGGGCAUCGCCAUGAGCAUUCUCAAAGCGUUAAACCCUUUCAACAAAAAAGAAAAUGAAGAAACUCCACUCAGCGAGUCAACUCAACCCAUUCAGCUGACUUCUUCGCAGCCUCAGCCUCAGCCUCAGCCUCAGCCUCAGCCUCAGCCUCUCCCUCCCCAACAACAACCCAUUCUCAAGGAACCACACACUCCUCUGCCCAAAACCAUUACGAGCAUUGACCAAAAUGUGCCAGACACACUGAAGUCGUCGCAUAAGACAAUACAGAUUGAGAAAGGAGAUACACUUUGGGGGCUCUCUAGAGAAUAUGGGGUAUCCAUUGAUGCGAUCAAAGAGGCUAACGGUCUUACAGGGGAUACAAUCUAUGCUGGCAAGAAGCUUAUCAUUCCAUGAAUACGUUCUGUCUGUCGCUUUCGCAGAACUCAUUUUAAGAAAUUUUAGAGAAGCAUUGAUGCGAUCAAAGAGUCUCUUCACUUAAAAGCAAAGAGCAGGCAUAGCCUUGUAGUUUCGACAUUUCUUGUUUUGAUUAUUGGUAUGGCUGUACUGGAGUUGUAAGCAGUUUUCAGGAUGAGACAUUGAGUUCGAUAUCCAAAUUUAACUUAACUGGUUUUUAACAAAUUUUAUAGGAGCAA